AGGUGUGGUCGUUUUUGUUGUAGGAGGUUUUACUCUGUUCCUUUAGCUCUCGGUUUCCUUUCCUCUCUCCUCAGACCUUGAUACUAGAAAUGUCCAAGCUCAGAAGAGAAUUUAAAAAUGUUGUAUAUAAUUACACUGAUGCUGAGGUCAAAGUACGAGAUGCUACAUCAAAUGAGCCAUGGGGCCCAUCAGGGACUGUAAUGGCUGAAAUUGCUGAAUAUACCUUUCACAUUCAAGCCUAUGCACUGGUGAUGGGUAUGUUAUGGAAGAGAUUGAACGAUCAUGGAAAGAAUUGGCGUCAUGUCUACAAGUCUCUUGUGGUCCUUGAGUAUCUUGUUAAAAGUGGAUCUGAGAGAGUCGUCCAGCAGUGCAAGGAUAACAUAUUCUCCAUUGAAACGUUGAAAGACUUUCAGUUCAUCGAUAAAGAUGGGAAGGACAAUGGAAACUUAGUAAGAGAAAAAGCGAAGACUCUUGUUGAGCUACUUAAAGAUGAUCAGAAGCUGACAGAAGAAAGAGCACGUGCUACAUUAUCUCGCGAGCGUAACACAGCCACUACAGGAUUUGGCAGUGAUUCAGUUUCUAGUAGCGUUGCAGGCACUAGAAGUAGGACUCCAAAGACCAGCAGCACAACCACUAGCACUGCCAGUUCAUCUCAGAGGAGCAAUCAUCCUCACAGUGUUAGUGAUUCAGCAUCUGGUGGUGUGUUCAAGCCUCACAUUGAUCAGAGCAAACCGUCAGCAAAGGAUGAGGAGGAGCUACAGCUUCAGUUGGCCUUGAGGAUGUCAAAGGAACAAGCUGAUGAGGAGGAGAAGUUGAGGAAACAAGAGGAGGAGAGUUUAAAGAUAGCACUGGAGAUGAGUAAACGAGAGACAGAAGGUCAAGGAGAGGAAGAAAAUGAUGAUGACACUGAGAAUAAUGAACCUGAUCUACUUGGUGGUUUGAGUGAUCCAUGGGCUACAGGUGGUGGAGGGGAGCUCCCUCCCUCCUAUGAUCUGGUUACUAAGACCUCACCUAACAAGCAGCCAGCUUCUUCUGACCCGUUUGCAUCUACGAAUGAUCCUUUUGCUCCUCCUACUCUACCCCCUGAUCCUUGGACCAGUAGCAGCAACACUACCAGUGGAUUAUCAGUCUCAGUAGCACCUCCACCUAGCACCAGUACAUGGACAUCAUUCUCUCCUACUAAUACUACAAUGUCUGAUCCUUUUGCUCCACUUCCGUUGGCUGGAGAGAUCGGUUCUACUGGUUUUGAUGAUCCUCCUACUCUGCCGGUCAUUCCAUCAACAUCUGGGACUUCUUCUUUUGACUUGUCAGCAUUCAAUCCUCCUCUUGACUCCAUCACAACUUCUACUAGUAAUACUGACAAGAAACCACAAAAGGUUGAGGAGUCAUUCUUGGGUACUAAUGCAACUCUUGUUAAUCUUGAUGCACUGACGGCUCCACUGCCUCCUCCAACUUCAUCAGUCAAUCCAUUUGGGAUUGCUCCGCUACCUCCAGCAGUGACUCCUCCAACUGCUCGCUCUGGUAAUCCCUUUGAGUCGGUAAAGGCACCAGCUCCUACGCUUGCUCAAUUGCAACAAGGACCCACCUUUGAUCCUCUUCCUCCUCCUCUGCUACCUGGAUCAGGCACAACAGAGUCCUUUAAUCCUUUCUCAUAGCAAGCUAAGCAUCAGAUAAUAAACCAACAACAAACUAUAUGAUUUAUCAUUAUUAUUAUUAUUAUUAGAAAACAUUUUUUCUCAUGUCCAUGAGCUUGCACAUUGUAUUAAUGUGUAUGUAUUAAUGUGACCAUUUUAUGUCUCUCAUAGGCUAAUUGAUUUUGUUUUUAUAUCUUUUCAUGUGUCGCUAGUUUAAAAAUGCUAUCGUUUUGUUAUUGUGAUUUUUUCCUUUCUAAUAAAAAUUGAGUGUUAUAAUUAUGGAA